AAGCAACGCAAUGAUACAAGUGUUGCACAUGCAGUUGCCAUCUGCGGAGUGGGCGGUGCUGGCAAAUCUCAGCUAGCGCUGAGGUACGCUGAGCUGAAAAGCUGGGGAUGCAGGUGAUGGAGAUUAGAAGGGUAAAAUUCGGGGCAGACCACCCUGAAACGAUGAGAAGCAUUGCUAGUCUGGCAUCAAUAUACAGGUGGCAGGGCCGGUGGGACGAGGCUGAAAGAUUGGGGGUGAAUGUAGUAGAAAUGAGAAAGUUGACGCUUGGGGCAGACCACCUGGAAACGCUGAGAAGCAUGGCCAGUGUGGCAUCAACAUACAGGAGACAGGGCCAGUGUGAUGAGGCUGAGAAAUUGGGGGUGCAGGUGAUGGAAACGAGGAGAAUGAAAUUUGGGGUAGACCACCCUGAAACAUUGAGAAGUAUUGCCAGUCUGGUAUCAACUUACAAGAGACAAGGCCGGUGGGACGAGGCUGAGAAGUUGGGGGUGAAUGUAAUGGGAAUAAGAAAGGUGAAACUUGGGGCAGACCACCCUGAGACCCUGUUGAGCAUGAGCAACCUAGCGGAGAUAUAUGAGAGCCAAGGCCGGUUGGAGGAGGCUGAGACGUUGAAGGCGCAGGAAAAGGAACUCUUAGUACGAAGGUCGGGGCGCAAGCAAUUGGAGGACUCGAAAUGUGAAUACCCUCUCUUUUGUAGUCAUCUGAAUUUCAACUGGUUUAUCAGACGACAGAUGAUCAGUCGCUCUUUACACUGUUCGUACCUGCUGCGUGCAUGGAAAUUGUUUGGGCCACGCCUAUGCAGACAAAGGCCAGGUUCAUUGGUUCAACAUGGGAUUUGA